AUGGUGUGUCCAGGAAAGCCAGGAGCAUCUCUCCUCAUGCUGUCGAUGCUGGUUCACAUUAUAGAUUCGUACCCCAACAAUGAAAUUGCACGAGGUGGCUGUGAUGAAUGUCGACUCCAGGAGAACAAGCACUUCUCCACGCCCAGCGCUCCAAUCUUCCAGUGUGUUGGAUGCUGUUUCUCCAGGGCCUACCCUACACCACUGCGGUCCAAGAAGACCAUGCUGGUGCCAAAGAACAUCACAUCCGAGGCAACGUGCUGCGUGGCCAGAGAGGUGACAAGGCCGGACAACAGGAAUAUUGUGAACCACACGGACUGCCACUGUAGCACCUGCUACUACCACAAAUUUUAAACCAUGCAGCAUGAAGCACUGGACAAGCCAAUGCAACACUUGGCUGACGCAUUCUGGG